AUGAAGCUGACUUUUGCUGCCUUUCUUGCCACUAUCCAGGCCGUCCGGGCUGUCCGUCUUAGCGGGCUACAAAACGACCUGGGCAGCUGGCCUGCUGCCAGCUCUGGGCCUUCGGAUGAAGAUCUGAUCCGAGUCUCGCUGGAUGAGCUCUACUCCAUUGGCAAUAACACCAAGCUAAGUGAUUGCGACAAGUGCAAGAACAGGCUGCUUUACGCCAAAUCACUGGCCCUUAUCAAGCCUACGUUGAUUCCCACGGUUUUCACCGAGUGGUGUCUCGGGUCCAAUGCAAUGAAGAAAGAUAAGUGCUUGCACACUUUUGGCAGAACGACCGUUGAGAACUCGUACUUAGGCUCUAAUUUUGCCGACAUGGUCUCCUUGAUGGACCCAACUUCCUACGAUGGCGACUACUACUGCCAUUACACUGAGUCGGCCUGCGAUUACGUCUCGCCGCCGGAAAUCGACGCGUCGAAACUCUGGGGAGGCAGCAAGCCCGACGAGUACAAAACUGCUCCCGAAGCCGGCAACGAGACGUUCUACGUGCUCCACGUGUCCGACUUCCACAUUGAGAACGACUAUGUCAUUGGCGGAGAAGGUAACUGUACUGCCAGCAUGUGCUGCACUCCUCACUCGUUCAACAAAUACCCGGUUCCCCAUGGCUACGACAUCUCGGAAAACACGUUGCUCGAGGACGGUCCUGGCGAGGGCUGGUCGUUUUACAACUCGUCAUAUGUGGACAACGUUUUCGAGAAGGGCCCAUACGUUGGCUACAAUGCGUCCUCCUGGUCGCCGGCGUUCAGUUUUGGCCACUACAAUUGCGAUGCUCCGGAGCUGCUCAUCAAUAGCACGUUGAAGGCAGCCACCAGUUUCAACCACCAGCUGAACCUGAGCUACGAGUUUGCAAUUUUCACCGGCGACCUGGUCGACCACGACGAAAGUCAGUACAUCAGCUACGAGUCCACUCUCCUGGCAGAAGAGUCCACCUUCAGAGACGUCAAAUACGAGCUCAACGACAUUCCUGUGUUCCCUGUGCUUGGAAACCACGACACGUUCCCCUACGGACAGCUCGCGCAGAAGAAAUACGGCUUCUCCAACAAGUUCGACUGGAACAAUGAGUUGAUGGCCGAGCUGUGGAGAGACUACGGCUGGAUCGACUUUGACGAGGAGCAGCAGGUCAGCGAGCACUACACGGGCUUCAGCGUCAAGACGAAGCGCGGUCUCAAGAUCAUCGCUCUUAACUCCAACUCGUGGUACAUCUCCAACCUGUAUGCGUUUAUCAACAUGACUCAGGACUACGACUCUUUUGGCCAGUUCCAGUUUUUGGUUGACGAGCUGCUCGACUCCGAGUCGAAGGGCGAGAGAGUCUGGCUGAUCAUGCACGUGCCGGCCGGCGCAGAUAUGCUUCCUGUUGCGUCCCAGGUGUUUGCACAGGUGGUUGAGCGGUUCUCGCCAUACACCAUUGCGGGAAUUUUCAACGGACACACGCACAGAGACGAGUUCAAGGUGCUGUACUCGGGCUUCAACGGGUCCAACAUAGCCGCCCAAACCGCCGACAACGCAAUUGCCCACACGUGGAUCGCUCCGUCGGUCACCUCGUGGAUUGGUCUGAAUCCUUCGUUCCGCUUUCUCGAGGUUGACUCCAAGACAUUUUCCGUGAUGAACGCUUACACCUACUACUUCCACCUGAACGAGACGUUCACCAGCAAUGGCACGGAGCCUCAAUGGCAGCUGGAGUACGACGCCAGAUCGGCGUACGGCGUGGACUGGCCGGAAUCGGCCCCUUUAAAUGCCACCUACUGGCACGAGGUGUCGCAGAAAAUUGGCAGCAGCAACUCGUCGCUUCAGCAGUACGAGAACUAUGCGACCAGGUUCUCUCCGUACACUUACGAGUGUUCUGAAUCGGACAAUUGCGACACUUUCUAUUGUUAUGUCUCGACAUUUACAAUUGACCAGUACGUCAAGUGCUGCGAGCACUUUGGGCUUGAUUCGGAUGUCUGA